AUGAUGGAACACGCUGGACUGGGAAAGAGCUACUGGGGUGAAGCAGUGAUGACGGCGAUGUUUCUUCGAAACCGCUGUCCAACACGUGCCAUUCACCAAGACAAGUCUCCAUAUCAAGUGUGGACGAUGAAGAAACCGAUUCUGGCCAACCUUAAAGUGUUUGGAUGCCACGCGUAUGUUCAAGUGCCUCAAGACAAACGCGCGAAGUUCGACUCCAAGUCAUCACUCUGUCGUUUCCUGGGAUACGCCGAACACCAGAAGUCAUAUCGAUUUGAGGAAGUGUCAACAGGAGCGAUCAAGAUCAGUCGCGAUGCCACAUUCAUGGAAGACAAGUUUGAUGAAGGUCCGCGCAACUACAACGAUGAGUCAAGUGUCGUUGAGUUUGAUGAUCAUGAUGAGGACGAAGAAAAAGAAGAAGGUAAAACUGACGACGACAUGGACUCGAGCGACGAUGACAACGAAGACACCAGGUCUUCGAAGAGCAACAUCAAGAGACACACGCGCACUCAAUCACUUGAGAAAGCUACCGUCAUUCCAAGUCCCAAGCGAAGAACAUACAGAGGUCCGUCGCUUGAGCAUGUGUCAGCGGCUGCAAUGGAUUUUGAAGCAGCCUACAUCGUUGAUUCAGUGGGGGAAACGCCGACUACAUUCAAGUCGGCGAUGGAAUCAAGCGACUCCGGCAAGUGGAAAGAAGCGUGUGACUCGGAGUUCGAUUCGCUUCAGAGAAACGACACGUGGGAAAUCGUGCCUCUUCCGAAAGGUCGCAAGGCCAUCGGGUGCCGAUGGGUUUUUCGUGUAAAGGAGAAUCAAGAUGGCGAAGUUGAACGUUUCAAGGCAAGACUUGUGGCCAAAGGAUUCUCACAGAAAUUCGGAGUUGACUAUGAAGAAACUUUCGCACCGGUGGCCAAGUUCACAUCGAUUCGUGUGGUGCUCAGUAUGGCGGCUAAGUACGGCCUAAUGCUACAUCAGAUGGACGUCAAUGUAAGGAGUAAGAGUUAA